AACCCUACUUGUCCACAACUAUGGACUAACCUAAGUUUUGAAAACUCUCAAAGCAAAUCAGUUUUCGUUUAAAACCCGUCUCUCUACAUGUGCCUGUUUGAUGACAAUGGAAAACUACCGAAAAGGCAAGAACGAGGAGCAGCCCUUAGAGCGCACAGCAAUUCCGCUUGAUCUUCCAGAAGAGUUUUUGUGGAUGCAGCGCAGAAAAUGGUGCAAUUCACCAGGGCUCUGGUUAUGUUCAACUGAUCCUCCCAAACAACCCUUGCAGGUGCGAGGAGGCAGUAAAAUCAGAAACCUCUUAGAGCACGCCCUCAAAAGCUUCGAACAGUCCAGAACAGUGGUGUGGACGGGGGCCGGUCCUUCUGUGGGCAAAACCAUUACAUGUGCGGAGAUAAUGAAGCGCGAGUACAAGCAGAAAUUGCACCAAAUCACGAAAAUUUGCUACAAAGAAUGUAACGAAUACUGGGACCCUUCGGUGCCAGAAUUAGAUCGACUGGUGGUCAAACGUAAGCAGCCCAUGAUCCAUAUUUGCCUUUCCAUUGAUAGCUUGAAUGACCAAGAGUUAGGAUAUCAAGCUCCGGGAGACGUUGUUCCUUAUAAGAGCCCAACCU